CGCAGAUGGGCAACAGUGAACAGACUCGGUAAACAGUGAAAGACAAAAAGCUAAUGACGACACCUGCAAGAGAGAGAGAUGACUAACUCAGCCGCUAGACAGAAAACCGAUACGGAAAGAUAAAGCGAAGAGAAAGAAAGAGUUUGUGGAAACGGUAGAAUAAGACACAGAAACCACGAGGAAUAAAGAGAAUAAUUGAGAGAGAAAAUGGGUGAAGGCGCGGCUGAAACCUACCACGUCGACGGGUCGUCCGCCCGCGUUGGGAGGAUGGCCGGAGAGAAGUGUGUACUGAGCAGCUCCUGCUGUGGCUGUAGUCUCCGGAGCGGCUCCCUCGCUAUUGGUAUAAUCAGUCUGAUCUUCGGAAUCCUUUAUGGCAUCUUUGGGAUCUACAAUGGUGUCAAAGGUCAUAAAGAGGGCUGGGUCACGUUAGUGGUCAACCUCAUCACCAUCGCCAUAUGCAUCAUACUCAUCCAAGGCAUCAGAAAGGAGAGACGAGGAUGGGUGAUGACGUGGGUCUGGACGACUGGAAUCAUCAUUGCCAUCAACAUUAUCCUGAUAGUGAUUGGGAUCAUCCUUACACUUAACUUCAUAGGUGGAAUUAUAGCCUUAAUCUGCAUGGGAAUUGCAGUCUACUGUGUGUUGGUGGUGCGCUCCUAUGCUCUCUCUCUGGGAUCUGUACCGAGCAUGGCUUAAGUCAGCGCCUGAUCUCUGAUCUUAGCAAUCACAGGAAGGAUUACAACCGUCUUCACGUGUAAAUUGCAACAAA